ACCACAGAAGAAGAAAAAAAAACGGAACAUCUAUUUUAUUUGUUGCGGUUCAGGAGGACAACUUGUUAGAUAGCUAGCUCAAUUAUCUGCGACGAGCACUUGUUAAAUUCACAGAUAACCUAAUCUGCGUUUUUGAUUUAUCUCGAAGAGGCUGUUUACACCAUAUUUCCACGGGAGAACACCUAUGGUCUCUGGAGAAGUCGCAUGGUUGCUGGAGAAGAUGCUAGCUAUGCGCCAAUUUCUACCUAACACAAUGACCAACUACAGAGCUUUUCAUACACAACUGUCGUCCAUCAUGGAUGCGUUGACCAAAGCAGCGGUGGCAGAUAUCUGCGAGCUCGUAGAUGACAGUUAUGCUGUUUUACAAUUGGAAAUCUCUCGAAGCCACAAAGAGAAUGAGGCAUUGAAAAGGAAACUCGAGUUGAUCGAGACCAUCAUCGCGCGUGGGCAGAGAGGGAAUAUGGCUGAAACAAACCACCAAGCUAACAUUGAUUCCCUCAAUGCCGAACAUUCUUCAUCUGGAAGGGCUGCCUGUACCAAGCAGUCACAUGAAAAUCUAAGAAGAGCUGGAAAGAUCACAACUGUUCGGGAAGCCACAGAACAGUCUGAAAAUAAAGAGGUGGUUUUGCAGGUACCUGAGGAGGAGAAGAUCGGGCCUGACAUAGUCUUAAUCAAGGAGGAGAAGCUGGGCGGGGACUUGGAUAGUAGUAAUGACACACAGGAUGUUCUGCUAUUCAGUGAGAAGGGUACUGAAGCGUCGUAUGGUGAAGUGGAUGACAGUGAAGAAGGGCCAUCCAGAAUAACCUCCACCAUGACUACGAGGGAGUGGGACAGAAGUGGAGAGGAUAGUUGUAACCGAUCCGAGCAGGGGAACGAGAGUUCUCAGAGGACUCCCCAGUUUUUGCGUUCUAAGUUCACGGCCGGAAGAUGGAACCCCCUGAGCCUUGACUACACGCUGCAUGAGACACCCAGUGAGUCUGGGUCCAGUCCACCGGGGGGGAAUGAUGAAAUGGAGACAGUGGAACCCGUUUAUGAUUUCCCUUCAGAAACCGACACCGUCCCCUCUACUCACCCGACAGGGAAACGGUUUCCCUUUGAACCAGACAGUAGUCCAAAUUCUCUUGCUGGGAAUUUCGAAAUGAAAAGAGAAGUUUCCAUGGUCAGCUCUCUACCCUACGACGUGGAAAUGGAUAUGUGUUCUUCAUGGAGCAACCAGGAUAUGCUGGGAAUGGUUUCCAUGCAGGACGGGAAAUACCUGAAACCGGACCGCAGGGAAUUGCUGCUUGACAAGGUUGCAGACUUGACCUCUGCCCAUUAUCAAAUGACUGCCGCCGGACUUCACGCUGUGGCCAAGUAUGACAGCAGAGACAGCAAGCGUUUUAUUUGCACUUUCUGCAGCAAGUGUUUUACAUCGUGGCGAAAUCUGGAGACACACCUGCGGGUUCACACAGGAGAGAGACCAUACAGCUGCACCCAGUGCGGGAAGAGGUUCACCCAGUCUGGCCAUUUGAAAACGCAUCAGAGCGUACACACCGGAGAGCGGCCAUUUGCCUGCGAGCAGUGUGGUAAAAGGUUUGCAGGGAAACAAAAUUUGAGGUUACACCAACAGAAAAACCACCCUAAUCUGUGAGGUGUAAGGCUAGUUGAGAGCUCCACGAACACAGUUAUGCCUAACAUUUUUAGAAGCAUUAGACCAGAACCUUGACACUGUUUGACGUCUAAGUUUGAAUAUUAGUCAUGAAGAAUAGGCUAUUUUGUAUUUUCACACUGAUGAUAUGUUUUGAUGGAUGAACUCCGCAAGAAUGGUGGAGGUGAAAAACAUGGUCUAACAUUGCGAUGCUCUAAUUUCAAUUUUUGUUCCAUUUAAUUGCCUUUGAAAAGAUACAGUUGAUAAUAUUUAACCCAAUGAAAUAAAGCUAUUUGAUGAGACGUUAUUACCACUGGAAUGUAUUUUGAAAAUGGAACAGUCCUUCCAUAUAAGUUGUUACGAUAAUGGUCACACUUUAAAUUUACCACAAUUCAUAAAGGCUUGAUAAGAACUAUAGAGUGCAUUGCCUAAUGCAUCAUAUCCUACUAUGGAAAUUCUCAAAAAAGCUGUGCUUUACAAAGGGUUGUAACUAUAUGUAACAAUAUAACAUUAUUAGUGUGCUUUCAAGAAGAUAACUCAUGUCAGGCCAGAACUGUAAGAGAAAAUGUGUUCUCCCAGUAAACUUACCUUUUUAUAAUACAGACAGUAGGAACGUUUAUUUAAAGGAUGAGUAAGUUCAGAAGCUAGCAGAGUCAUUCAUUCAACAGCUGCAAAUCCCAGUUAAACGACAUCAAAUUUUGAAGUUCACUUUCAUCGUUUUGUCUAAUAACACUAUCAUGAAUCUAUAAAGACGUUUUGUGGGUCAGUAGCUAGGUUUCCAUCCAAUUGGCGAUUUUCAUGCCAAAAUUAUAAAAUCUGCAUGAAGAAAAUGUGCGUUUUCCAACCAGUGGUCUGUUUUCACCAAACUGACUUGUUGGGUAUACAAAUCAGUGCCAGAUGAUGUAGUGCACACAAUUUACCUUUCCGUUUAAGUUUUCAGGUACCGAAUAAAAUGUGUUCAAUGUG